ACACUUUUCUCUUAUAACUUUUAGACAUGGAUGUGUGGUGGAACUUUAGAAAUCAUACCUUGUUCUCAUGUUGGGCAUGUUUUUCGAUCAAGAAGUCCGUACGUUUGGAAACCAGGGGAGAAUGUGUUUCGGACUAAUUGCAUACGUCUAGCUGAAGUCUGGUUGGAUGACUACAAGCAGUUAUUUUAUAAGAGAAUAGGGUUAGAUGCGUAUAGAGUUGUUCAACAGAAAAAUUACGGAGAUGUGUCAUCUAGAAUAGAAUUAAGGAAGAAACUUAAUUGCAAAUCCUUCGACUGGUAUUUAAAAAACAUUUAUCCCGAGCUAUAUAUCCCUGCUGAUCUUGUUGCUGAAGGUGAGGUAAGGUUGAGAAUAUUUUUUUAUCAUUUGUGCCGCCUUACAUUUUCAUCGAUUUCAUAAUGCUUGAAAAAAUAUUAUGAAAGCAGCUCUUCAAAUUUACAAAAUUAAUUAUUAUAUAUAUACA